AGCAGAUCGGCGGGGAGGACUCCAGUGAGAGCGCGUCGGUCGGCGGCUGCGACAUGUGGACGCUGCUGUGUGUGUGAUGACUUCACUCAGCGACGUGGAACCAGGCGCGUCUCUAGGAUUUGGAUACAUCCGGGGCUUAGCCAGUGCGAGCGUUGUUACGUGCGCCUGCUGCCAGUCUGACUCCGCUGUUUUGGUUGAAAACAUUCGGGGCUAAUGAUAAAACAUCCGGGGCUUUAGCCCCGGGUUUUUUAGCCUAGGGACGCCACUGCGUGGAACCACCGGAGAAUCCACCGGGGCCGCUCUCCGGUUGGCUUUGGGGACUCGGUGCGCUUUGGAUUUACUUUGCGCUCCUCGCGGACGCGACGGGACGUUUAUUUUGAAAUCUAGAACCCCGAGCGACAGCUGGCAGGAGCGAACAGGCAGAGGCGCUCAGGUCAUCACGUUGACUUAUUCUCUGCAGCUCAAAUGAUGUCGAAUCACCGAGUCGGAGGGAAGAAGUUCUGCCCGGCGACGCUUUGCCUCCGACGCCUCGUCCCUCAUCCCUUAUCAGAAGACACGGCGAUGGCCAUAUAUGGCGAGGUUGAAGCGCGGGAGCCUCCGAGGUUCUGCUCGGCGCGGAUGUAACUUGUUCGGGGAUGGAUCUCGUGAACCUCACGACCGUCGCGGACGCCGGGUUCCUGGACGAGGCUCCGCCCAGCCGCGUCCUCACCGGCUGCUUCCUCUCGCUGCUCAUCCUCGCCACGCUGCUGGGCAACACGCUGGUCUGCGCCGCCGUCACCAAGUUCCGCCACCUGCGCUCCAAAGUCACCAACUUCUUCGUGAUCUCGCUGGCCGUGUCGGACCUCCUGGUCGCCGUGCUGGUGAUGCCGUGGAAGGCGGCGACGGAGAUCGCCGGCUUCUGGCCGUUCGGCUCCUUCUACGACACCUGGGUGGCCUUCGACAUCAUGUGCUCCACGGCGUCCAUCUUGAACCUCUGCGUGAUCAGCUUGGACCGCUACUGGGCCAUCUCCAGCCCCUUCCGCUACGAGAGGAAGAUGACGCCCCGGGUGGCCUGCGUGAUGAUCGGCGUGGCCUGGACGCUGUCCGUGCUCAUCUCCUUCAUCCCGGUGCAGCUCAACUGGCACAAGGCCCAAAGUAAACCCCACGCGGCUCACCUCCCCGGCUCCUCCUCUUCCUCUUCCGGCGCUAACGCCACGUCUGAGAACUGCGACUCCAGCCUGAACCGGAGCUACGCCAUCUCCACCUCCCUCAUCAGCUUCUACAUCCCCGUGGCCAUCAUGGUGGCCACCUACACGCAGAUCUACCGCAUCGCCCACCGGCAAAUCCGCCGCAUCUCCGCCCUGGAGCGAGCGGCGGCGAGCGCCAAGAACCGACACGACAGCGUGGGCGGGGCCUCCAGCGUCGGCGAGUCCGAGAGCUCCUUCAAAGCGACGUUCAAGAGGGAGACCAAGGUGCUGAAGACGCUGUCGGUGAUCAUGGGCGUGUUCGUGUGCUGCUGGCUGCCGUUCUUCAUCCUCAACUGCAUGGUGCCCUUCUGCGAGCAGCCGAGCGGCGGCGAGGGCGGCGAGGGCGGCGAGGGCGGCGAGGCCUUCCCCUGCAUCAGCCCCGCCACGUUCGACGUGUUCGUGUGGUUCGGCUGGGCGAACUCCUCCCUCAACCCCAUCAUCUACGCCUUCAACGCCGACUUCCGCAAGGCCUUCUCCAUCCUGCUGGGCUGCAGCCGGCUGCAUCCAGGAGGCCACAACAAGAAGUGA